UGCAUAAUAGGUACCAGAGAGAUGCUUGGAGAGAUAAGAGCGAAGGAUGGCGUAUAAUUCGAUCAUUCGGUAAGAGGUGCUCGUCACCAUCAACAUGGAGUCUAAGCCCUCGAAGCCUUCAAUGACGUGCUUGGCGGACUUCGAGGAUCAUGCCUACCAAAUCCUGCCGCGAAACGCCUUGGAUUACUAUCGAAGUGGUGCGGAUCACAUGCAAACGCUCAAGGACAAUCGACGAGCUUAUCAAAGGUAUCGCAUUUCCCCGAAGAUGUUAGUGGACGUAUCGAAAAGAGAUCUUUCCACUCGGAUCAUGGGCAAACGAGUGGAGUUUCCCAUCGGAAUCGCGCCUACCGCCAUGCAAAGAAUGGCUCAUCCCGAUGGGGAGUGCGCCUCAGCGAGAGCCGCCCAAGAGCUGGGGACCAUUUUUAUCAUGAGCACAUUGUCCACGAGUUCAAUCGAAGAGGUGGCACAAGCGGCUCCUCAAGCCACCAAAUGGUUCCAGCUCUACAUCUACAAAGACCGAGAAGUGACUAAGAAGUUGGUCUUGCGGGCCGAAAAGGCGGGUUUCAAGGCCUUGGUUUUGACCGUGGACGCGCCUUACUUUGGGCGCCGCUUGGCCGAUGUUCGCAACCAGUUUGAAUUGCCGUCUCAUCUUCGGAUGGCAAAUUUUGUCGGCUUAGGGGAUUUGGAAACCAAGGCCGGACAAAGCGGCGGCGGCUCCGGCAUCAAUAAUUAUGUGGCCUCGCUGUUCGAUCAAAGUCUGUCUUGGCAAGACGUAGCUUGGCUGAAAUCCUUUUCGCAAUUGCCCAUCAUACUCAAGGGCAUUUUACGAGCCGAUGACGCGCUCACGGGGAUUCAAUAUGGCGCUUCAGCCAUCAUCGUCUCCAAUCACGGAGCCCGUCAAUUGGACGGAGUCUUGGCCACCAUCGAUGUGUUGAGCUCGAUUAAGGAGGCUGUGGGUGAUCGAUGUGAGUUGUAUUUGGACGGAGGCGUCACUCAGGGCACGGAUGUGCUCAAAGCUUUGGCCUUGGGCGCGAAAAUGGUGUUCUUGGGACGACCCGUGAUCUGGGGUUUGGCUCAUAGCGGUCAAUCCGGAGUGGAACAAACCUUGCGGCUCAUCAAAGGCGAGCUCGAUUCUGCCAUGGCCUUGUCCGGUUGCACCACGUUGAAGUCCGUCUAUCAGGACUUGGUCAUUUGCCCCAAGUCAUUGAUGUAAUUUGAACAUUAAUGAUAAAGUAUAAAUUGAGCAAAUCGUG